AUGACACGCUUGACUCAAGCUCAAGUGGAAGAAGCCGAGUGCAAACUGUUCACCUAUCGCGAGGAACAUUUCAAGAUGGCCGCACGUGUCGAUAUCUCUCGUCUCGUAUUCGACAAAAACUUCAAGCGGCAGAUGAGCGACCGCCAGAAUAUCAUUCGACUUGAGCGAAUUAUGGACACUCAGGGGUGCCACCGGCUGAUGGAAGAAUCCCAUGUCCCUGUAUUGGUCCCUGAAAUUGAUUGGGAACGUCGCGUUAGACCACGGAUGGUAGAUGGACAAUUCCAUCAAUUGGAUGUCGAUAUCGACUACCAGUUGCGCGCACAGGAUCACGAGAACUUAAUUAUUGCUGCCCGUAAAAAGCUCAGUCCUAGCAAUCAAUGGUGGAUUGUGGAUGUUUAUGUCACAGAGCAGACAGGUGGGUAA